UGUCCUAUUUUAUGAAUGAAAUUGAUAUAAUCAGUUCUAUAAUCUUGUUCACCACAGUACUUCAACGUUUUAGCAAUUAUUGUAAUCCUAGAAUAACCUGGUAAUAAGAAAAUAAAAGAAUCACACUUGUGAUAUAGGCAAAAAACAGGAGCUUUAAGAACGGAAUAAAAUUAGAAAUAAUUGACCUUAAGAUCAGCACUUAUGAAAGAGCACUGUUCAAGUAACAUGGCAGACGGAAGUAGACGUCAUCAGUGCCAACUGCCAGCCAACUAGGCUUACUGAAGCUGUAGUUUCUAUACGAAGAAAAGUACUUUUUCUCCGUUUCCUGCGUCUUCAUAUAUUUUUUGCGAUAGGGUUCAUUAGUUCAGUAACGAAGAAACGUUUUAUGUAGCUAUAUCAUGCUAAAGUUUUUCUAACCCGCUUACGAUUUUAUACUUUGGUGACCUGUAAUCGAAACAAUAUAAAGGUGUUAUUAGUAGGUGUGAUCUGAGUCAUUCAGUAGUUAGUAUACAGUGGACAUUAUAUCCAUUCAUACCUACAAAUAUGUUCAUUUGGGACUGGUUUGCAGGUGUUUUGAAUUAUCUGGGACUGUGGAAAAAGAGUGGUAAACUCUUGUUUCUUGGUUUAGAUAAUGCUGGCAAAACUACAUUACUUCACAUGCUCAAAGAUGAUCGAUUAGCUCAACAUGUGCCCACAUUGCAUCCAACAUCAGAAGAGCUGUCGAUCGGAAAUAUGAGGUUCACAACUUUUGAUCUUGGAGGGCAUCCUCAAGCACGAAGAGUGUGGAAAGACUAUUUUCCAGCAGUGGAUGCAAUAGUAUUUCUCGUUGAUGCAAGCGAUAGGUCAAGAUUACCAGAAUCAAAAGCUGAAUUUGAUGCACUAUUAACUGAUGAACAACUUAGUGCAUGUCCAGUUUUGGUGCUAGGUAAUAAAAUUGAUAAACCAGGUGCAGCAUCAGAAGAUGAGCUCAGAAAUUACUUCAAUCUUUACGGUCAAACAACGGGAAAGCUACUUGAUCAACUAUGCAGAGUAAUGAGAAGAUAUACCAUGUGUGGACUAGCUGCACCUCAAAUAGGCGUUUCUUUGCAAGUAUUUGUUAUCGAAUUAAGAGAGAAGUUUGUAAUGAGAAUUCCUCCAGCAGCUAGAGAACAUUUUGAAAUGGAACCUGUGCCAUUAACAUAUUUUAUUAAUCCAAAGAUGAGGAUAGUAAAUUCUGAGGAAACUGAGUUUCCAGAAUAUUGUGGAAGUAUUACUGGUUUUGAGGCAGUAGUACCAAGGGCAAAACAAAUUAAGCUCACAGCCUUUGAUCGACUUGGGGAACCAUUCAUUUGGAAUGCUUCAGGAUGGGCAGCUAGGAUUGCUCAACAUGAAUUUGAUCACUUACAAGGUGUACUAUAUGUAGACAAAAUGGAUCCAACCACAUUUCAGUUUAAUUACUGGAAAGAACUAAAUGAAAAUAAGGGAGACAUCAAACUUCAAUAUAGAUUAUGAUUUUAAAAAUAAUUGUACACUUUGCCAUAAGAUGUAUAAACAGCACAAGAAAGUAUGAAUAAGAAAUAAAAUUAUGGCAUAGAAUUGUAAGUUGAGAUAUAGCUGAAUAAAUAAUUUAUUUAAGAAACAUUA